UGAUUCUGGUCACACCGCGCUAUCACCUGCUACAGCGCGUCCUUUUCGGUAUUUGGUUUCAUUUGAUUUUGGUAUUUGAGAUCGGAGGCGUAAAUAAUUUGUUGUUUUGGGGAAAGAGCGCCUUAAACGCUUGCCAAAAUGAGCAGCUGCUGGUAUUUGGAGCAUGUGACAACCCGCCAUAAGAUUAUCCUACACAAGGGGAAUAAUGUUAUAGGGCGUCACUCCCGCUGCCGGAUCGUCUUGGGCGCCCCGUACGAGUUCGUUUCCCGGGAGCACGUAAACAUAGAAAUUGUCAACGACCAUAAAGUAAUAGUUAAUUCUCUGAAUCCUCUGAACGGAGUCUUUAUCAACCAGGGUGUUCUGGACGACAAGGUGAAAUCCAUUCAAGUACUCGAGGGCUCAACCAUCAGCUUGGGAGUGGAGGGUCCAGCCAUUAAUGUAAAACCCGAGUUCGCCAUGUUCUUUUUGCGAAAAACAGCACCAGUUGAGGAAGCCGUCGUGCUUUCAUCAGACGACGAAGACACUAAUCCGCUUCCGCCUCUGAAAAAGCCACUAAGUGCCAAGGAGUCCACAGAGUUCAAUCUGGAAAAACAGCUUAACAAUGGAGGAGGAAAGAGCCAGAAUCUGCACCUACCAAAACUGCCAGAAGUAAAACAGGAGCUAAUGCAACAAACCUCUGAUGAAAUUACUAACAUCUUCGGUGAACCGGAUGAGGCAAUUCUGGGAGGUGUUCUGAACAUUAAUCCCUAUAUAUACAAUGCUCUUAAUGCCAAAAGUGGGGCCAAUAUGAGCACCGACAAGAAAAUGCACGAUGGCGACUUAAUAGAACUCGAUACGAUUUCUGAAAAUUCUGACAUGCCGCCUCCAGCUCCAGCCUUGCCAGCUCCAAAAGCCCCUGAUUUCGACGAGCGAUUUGAGCUUUCACAGGCUGUGCUUCAAGAGAUGAAAGAGGAAAUGGCAUUUAACGAAGGCGAGGAAGAUUUUCUGGGGAUAAACGGGCUAGAAUUGGGUGAGCCUGAAUCUCCUUCGUCUCUAUUGGGCGAAGACGACAUUGUCAUUAGUGACGAUGACGACGACUUCAACGCAUCGGCUUGGUCUGAAAAACUGCAUAGCCAAAAGCCCAUGUCGCAGGACUACCCCAUGUCGCAGACCUACCCCAUGGAUACAGAAUCAUGCGGCGAAUCCGAGAUGCAAUUGAAGGCUCCCCCAAAACCGCUCUGCAUCGACAGCAGCUCCUCUGAAGACGACGAGAUCUUUAGUGGCCUUCGCCGCAAAGCCGACAGUACUUCAUUCAUUCGAAAAUGUUAUGUACGUCUUGAACCCAUUCCGCAACAGCCGGAAAUUAGUUCUACGGUCGAAGAACCACAGCUGUUUACCAGGCGCCACAAAAAAAGAUCUAGCGAUGAAGAUACGAGCCAGGAACUUUUCCAACGGCGUCCAGCAAACAAAAAACGCCAUGUUAGUGACAUUCCGAGUAUCUUAGAUGAAGAUGACGUGUUCGAGAAAGACAUUGUUGUUCCUGACCAACCAUCAACUUCUUCCCAUAAGGUUGAUAACAAAUCUGAGAAGUCAAAAGUUCAAUCGCGAUCCAAAUCGGAGGCUUGCCGCGAGGGGUUGGAAACCCCCACAACAUCGAAGAAAUUCAUCCCAGACAAAAUAUCUUUCCCCAAUAUUGAGGUUGAGAAAGGUUCCGAGAAGUCGAAAAUUCGUUCUCGAACCAAAUCACUGGCUUGCCGCCGGGAGUUGGAUGAACAAACUUCUACCACGUCUGAGAAAGUCGUUUCAGAAAAACGCUCCAGUCCUAAUCAUGGGGCUUCAGAGAAGUCGAAAACUCGUUCACGAUCGAAAUCAGUGUCCUGCCGAGAGGAUGCUGAAUCUGACACUAAGUCGAAGAACCAUGAAUCUAAGGGAAGUUCAGAGAAGUCUAAAAUUCGUUCACGAUCGAAAUCAGUGGCAUCUCGCGAUGACUUGGAUGCUGAAUCUGAUACUAAAUCGAAGAAUCAUGAGACUGAGAAAAGUUCAGAGAAGUCUAAAAUUCGUUCCCGAUCAAAAUCUGUAGCUUGUCGGAGAGACUUGGAUGAUGAAACUCCCACCACCUCCAAAAAAUUGGUGGCAGAACGACAAUCCAGUUGUAAUGUUGGCGACAAAAGUUCGGACAAGUCCAAGAUUCGUUCCCGAUCCAAAUCCCUCGCUUGUCGGGAGGAUUUGGAUGAAGAAGCUCCCAGCACAUCCAAGAAACUCGCAGCCGAAAGAUCUUCUACUCGUAAGGUUGAUGAUGAAAAAAAAUCGGAGGAGUCGAGCAGUCGUAAGCGAAACAAAUCAGUAAGUUGUCGUGAGGACUUGGAUGCAGACAGUCCCCCCUCAUCCAAGGAAAAAAAUACGCGCUUGCGUAGCCGUUCCAAGUCUUGUUAUGUGGAGAAACCAAUAAUGGAAGAAUUGGAGCCUCCAGCAGAAUCUUCAACGAAGCCUCGAAUAAGUCCCCCCAAGAGUGAUCCCAAAGAAAGAGUUACUGAUUUCAAGGAGAACCGACUGAACCGAGGUCCUUCGGUAAUAGACGCUCCUUCCUUGCCUCAGCAUCGUGGCAAACAUAGAGGAGUUUCAGUUGAGGUGAAAGGCCAGGAUAAACAGAAGCAAUGUGUGCUUGAAAGGCAAAAGCUUAUCGAUUAUCAGAAACAAAUGAAUGACAAAUGGCAUCAAAAACCAAUGGAUAAGAAAAAAGAGGAUCAAGAGAUAAAAGACCGGCGCCGGGAGGCAUUGAAGAAGCUAGCCGAGAAGCCAAAGGAACAAGAAAAGCCUUGUGUCGAAAAAAGGAAGAUCGUAACCAACGUGCCAACCGUAAACAACUCCAAUCGUGGGGAAUUCCUCACGAGGGAAAUUGAGGGUCCACCUCCAAAAGUGCCUAAAAAGGAUUCUCCUAAGAAGGAUCCGUCACCACCACCGCCGAAAACACCAUUGGCGCCCCCAAGGCGCCCGACAAUCGAAAGCUUCUCCCAACAACUCAGGGCAGCAGAUGAAGUGACUAUUAAUCAGCCGAAACGUGGCUCUCGUCCCCCGGAGCGUAGGGAGGCCCAAGUAGCAAGAAAUCAACGUACCGUCAAUCGCUGUACCUUUGAGGAUAUGGAACGCUACAACGAACUAAUAGAGGCCAUAAACAACAGAAGCAAGCAAGUCCGGUUCGAUGAUAAGGUAAAGAUUUUUUACUAUGAAAUGGCUACCUUGCUGCCUCAUGAACCCGAAAAAGUCAGGGGUCGCAAAGAUUCAACUAAGCUUGCCAUUAGUACUUACACAGAUCGCAAAGAAUGGACCCUUAAAGAGAAGGGCAAAGCAGUCAACGACAUCCGGCACCACUCCAGAACCAUAUUGGAAUGGGCGAAUCAGUGGCUCCAGCACCGAAGUGUAGAUGCGGUUGCUGCGACUGAUGUCCUUAUUCCCAUUCCUCAAGAUUUUCCAAACUUUAAACAAUACAAAAAUAUCAUUGUUCCGCUGAUGAAACUAGAGUUGCUUUCCACCAUCGAACGAGACUACCAAAGCUCAAAUGCUACGUUCGAGGUAGGGCUGGAGGAAGUCCUGCCCGAGGAGGGCAACUGCUAUCGCCUGAUUACCAGAGUCAACGGCCGUCCCAUUGGAAGGUUCACCCUUUACACAUUGAAAAGUGGUAACGAUCUUCCCGAAACGUUUGGCAACCUGCAGGACCAAAAGUGUAUAGGUGGAACCACCUACAACAUGACUUUUGAUAUACUGACGCAGAAUAUUCCGCUGGAAACCAUGAAAAAGAUCAGACGCAUAACUGUCCGUCCUGUGAUUGAUAGUCUGCGCAUAGAGCUGGGAGCCAUGAGUGCCGUGGACCAGCUUUUCCGAUCGCCACUUUGUGAAAGGAUCUUGAGGCCUGCAAGGGCAACAAUGCCAUUUCGGGUAUCAACAACGGGCCCAACCUUUAGUUACAAGGGGUUCGACAGGUUGAAUGACCAUCAAGAGGACAUUAUCCUGAAGACCUACCAAAGGGUCAUAAACUAUGCGCACCCGAGCCUAACGUUGAUUCAAGGUCCACCUGGCACCGGCAAGUCCGCCGUCAUAUCAAACCUAACAUUACAAUGUUUAUACGGCAAUGCUGCCACCAAUUUGGAUCAAAAAAUCCUCAUUUGCGCACAUUCGAACACAGCCAUAGACCGAAUUGUGUCCUCGCUUUCUGCAGUAAAAAGCAAGAUGAGUAGAAUGCACUUCGAGCUACUUAGAUUCGGUCUCUUCGAGAAAAUGAGCGACCAGGCACGUCUUUUUUCAUUGGAGGCGCGGUACCAAAGCCGAAGGGACCAGAAAUUGAAAGUUUUAUCGCCUGAGGAAGUAGCGGUUCUUCGAAAGCAGUACUCUGAUCUUAAAUCGGAUAUUAUUAAGUUAAAGGCGAAGCCAAAUCUUGCCACAACGUACCUACAACAGGAACUGCAGAAGAAGGAGAAACAGUUCCAGUUGGUAAGCGAGAAGCUGCAACCGCGAUUAACACAACGAGACGAAUUUGAUAUUGCCAAGACUUCUAUAAACGGGGCCAACAUUGUCUGUACGACUCUGUCCUCGUGCGUCAAGCUGGCCAACUAUAUAGAAUAUUUUGAUAUCUGCAUCAUCGACGAGGCCACACAGUGCACAGAACCAUGGACCCUGUUACCAAUACGAUUCGGCUUGCGGCAUCUUGUCCUGGUGGGCGAUACUCAGCAGCUCCCAGCGGUGGUGCUAUCCCAAAAGGCGAUUGAAUACGGACUAUCAAAUUCCAUGUUUGACAGGAUCCAGAGGAGCCUCGAAAAACAGCUCGAGAGCCCUGGCUCUAACCAGUUUAUACACACGAAACUGUUCAAGUUGAGUGUGCAAUAUAGGAUGCAUCCUGAAAUAUGCCGCUGGCCGAACAAAUAUUUCUAUGAAGAUCAGCUGGUCAGUGCGCCAUGCACCGAAAAACGUGAAGCGCUUAUUCCCUAUUGUGUCAUCAAUCUGAGCUAUACCAGAGACACCAGUACUAUGUCCAACAAAAGCAUCAGGAACGACGAAGAAGCACGGUUUGUGGCGAAACUUAUAACCGAGAUGCAAAAGCUCAUGCCCGCCACACGAUAUUCAUAUGGACUGAUCACCCCCUAUAGCAACCAGUGCUAUGCCCUGAGUCAGGUCAUUACAGAAAAAAUGAAGGUGAAACCGUUGACUAUCGAUGCCUACCAGGGUCUCGAAAAGGACGUUGUAAUCCUAUCAAAUGCAAGAACAAGGGGCUGCGGUUUCCUUUCAAACUACCACCGCCUUAAUGUCGCUCUGACCAGACCAAAGCGAUGCUUAGUUAUAUGUGGAAACUUUGAUGAUCUCCAGUCUGUGGACAUGUGGCGGCAAUUGCUAGACGAUGCCCGCCAGCGAAAUGUUUACUUUGAUUUGGAACGCAAGGAUGCAGAUGACCUAACAUCUCUGAUGGAGAAAAUGACCACCAAGGGAGCGCCUCCAAAACAAUAGACGAAUAUGACGAAUGGACUAGGUUGCAGAGGCUAAUUU